GGAACGACAUUUAUUGGAUAUUUCUAACUUUUUUUUAACAAAUCAAAAACUGAAAAAUUGGGCGUGCAAAAUUAUUCAGCCCCUUUACUUUCAGUGCAGCAAACUCUCUCCAGAAGUUCAGUGAGGAUCUCUGAAUGAUCCAAUGUUGACCUAAAUGACUAAUGAUGAUCCAGGUUACAUAGAGACUCACUACUGUAAUGGUCCAGGUUACAUAGAGACUCACUACCGUAAUGGUCCAGGUUACAUAGUGACUCACUACCGUAAUGGUCCAGGUUACAUAGUGACUCACUACCGUAAUGGUCCAGGUUACAUAGUGACUCACUACCGUAAUGGUCCAGGUUACAUAGUGACUCACUACCGUAAUGGUCCAGGUUACAUAGUGACUCACUACCGUAAUGGUCCAGGUUACAUAGUGACUCACUACCGUAAUGGUCCAGGUUACAUAGUGACUCACUACCGUAAUGGUCCAGGUUACAUAGUGACUCACUACCGUAAUGGUCCAGGUUACAUAGUGACUCACUACCGUAAUGGUCCAGGUUACAUAGUGACUCACUACCGUAAUGGUCCAGGUUACAUAGUGACUCACUACCGUAAUGGUCCAGGUUACAUAGUGACUCACUACCGUAAUGGUCCAGGUUACAUAGUGACUCACUACCGUAAUGGUCCAGGUUACAUAGUGACUCACUACCGUAAUGGUCCAGGUUACAUAGUGACUCACUACUGUAAUGGUCCAGGUUACAUAGUGACUCACUACUGUAAUGGUCCAGGUUACAUAGUGACUCACUACCGUAAUGGUCCAGGUUACAUAGUGACUCACUACUGUAAUGGUCCAGGUUACAUAGUGACUCACUACCGUAAUGGUCCAGGUUACAUAGUGACUCACUACCGUAAUGGUCCAGGUUACAUAGUGACUCACUACCGUAAUGGUCCAGGUUACAUAGUGACUCACUACCGUAAUGGUCCAGGUUACAUAGUGACUCACUACCGUAAUGGUCCAGGUUACAUAGUGACUCACUACCGUAAUGGUCCAGGUUACAUAGUGACUCACUACUGUAAUGGUCCAGGUUACAUAGUGACUCACUACUGUAAUGGUCCAGGUUACAUAGUGACUCACUACCGUAAUGGUCCAGGUUACAUAGUGACUCAGUGACUCGUGUUUGUAUCUCAAUGUGAUGCUACUGAGCUCCACCUGGUAUCUGAUGCUACUGAACCAGAUGUCUAUGUGUCUGGGGAGAAGCUCCAGCUGGUAUCUGAUGUUACUGAGCCAGAUGUAUA